AUGAAUGUACCUAAUCUUCGAUUGCUUCUUCUAUUCAUUUUAUGCCUAGGAAUUUUGCCGACCAGUUUGUGUGUAGAUGGAGAUGCAUACAGUCAAUCUGGAAAUCCAUCUAUGUUACCUCUCGUAACAUCCUUAAUCUACGAUCAGAUGUCAAAUGUCACCUCAUUUUUCAAGCCAGAUAUCUCCAAUUAUCUCGGAUUCUGCAUAAAGGACGUGGAUGCUGAGUGGAAUGCAGCUUUCAAUUUUUCAGAUAAUUUGGAUUUUGUGACAAAUUGUGUCAAACAGAUAAAGGGAGAUGUCACUAAACGGUUAUGCACUUCUGCUGAAGUAAAGCUAUACUUCAGUAGCUUCUUUGAGGCAAAAUCAUCAGCUGCUCAAUUCUUACGUCCGAACAAGAAUUGUAACUUAAGUUCUUGGGUUCCUGGAUGUGAGCCAGGAUGGUGUUCCACUAUUCCUGCUAAUGUUAAAGUUGAUAUAAGAAAUUCAAAGGACAUACCAGAUCGAACCGAAGAUAGUCUUCCCUGUUGCGAAGGAUUCAUAUGCCCUCAGGGCAUCACUUGCAUGAUUCCCUGCCCAUUAGGUUCUUAUUGUCCACGUGCAAAGCUCAAUCAAUCCACUGGUAUAUGCGAUCCGUACCGUUAUCAGUUGCCUCCUCUUUCGAAUCAUAGCUGUGGUGGUGCUGAUAUGUGGGCUGAUGUUACGACUACUCGUGAGAUAUUCUGUUCAGCUGGAUCCUACUGUCCAACCACAACCAAAAAGGUUUCUUGCAGUCGUGGGCGUUAUUGCCAAAUGGGUUCAACAAUUCAGAAAAGAUGUUUUCAACUGAGUAAUUGUAAGGCAGGAACUGCAGAUCAAGAUAUCCAUGUUUAUGGAGUUAUUCUAAUUGUUGCACUGAGUUUGAUGCUGCUCAUAAUAUACAAUUUCUCUGAUCAAGUGAUAAGUACUCGAUAUAAAAGAUUGGCAAAAUCUAGGGAAGCUGCAGCCAGGAGUGCUAGAGAAACUGCCCAAGCAAGACAAAGAUGGAGGAAUGCGAAAGAAAUGGCCAAGAAACGAGCAUUGCAGAUAUCUCGAUCGUUUUCACGUAAGCCAUCGCUUAAAGAUUCAGACCAACCCAAUGCUCCAAGUCCGGCGCCGCCACCUGCCCCAGCUCCGUCUACUUCCACAGACAAACCAUCGGCUGCUGCUGCUGGAAAGAAGAAGGAUUCGAGCAAUCUCACAAAAAUGAUCAAUUCAAUUGAUGAAAACCCAGAGAGCAACGAGGGGUUCAAUUUGCAUAUUGGAGACAAACACAUUAAGAAACAAGCACCCAAGGCGAAACAGCUUCAUUCUAAGAGUCAGAUUUUUAAAUAUGCAUAUGGUCAGUUGGAGAAGGAGAAAGCAAAUGAACAGAAGAAUAAAGAUAUGACUUUCUCAGGAAUUAUCUCUAUGGCAACUGAUGAAGAUGUCAGAACCAGACCCCCGAUUGAGGUCGCUUUCAAGAAUUUAACGAUUACUCUGAAAGGAAAAAAGAGGCAUCUUAUGAGAUGUGUAUAUGGGAAAAUCAUGCCCGGUAGAGUAUCUGCUGUCAUGGGUCCAUCUGGCGCCGGUAAGACAACAUUUCUCUCUGCCCUGGCCGGAAUGAUCACUGGAUGUACUAUGUCAGGCUCAAUUCUCAUAAACGGAAAGCGCGAAUCCAUUCACUCAUACAAGAAAAUUAUCGGUUACGUUCCUCAAGAUGAUACUGUUCAUGGAAACUUAACUGUGGAGGAAAACCUCCGUUUCAGCGCUCGAUGCAGGCUGGCUUCUGAUUUGCCGAAAGCAGAUAAAGUUUUGGUUGUUGAAAGAGUAAUCGAAUCUCUUGGACUUCAACUGAUAAGAGACUCACUAGUAGGAACUGUAGAGAAAAGAGGAAUCUCAGGAGGGCAGAGGAAACGAGUUAAUGUGGGACUUGAAAUGGUCAUGGAACCUUCAUUAUUGAUAUUGGACGAGCCAACCUCUGGUUUGGAUAGUUCCUCUUCCAAUCUGCUUCUUAAAGCACUUCGUCGUGAAGCUCUUGAAGGGGUUAACAUCUGCAUGGUUCUUCACCAACCUAGCUAUGUGUUAUUCAAGAUGUUUGAUGAUUUAAUACUUCUGGCAAAAGGCGGUUUCACUGUCUACCAUGGAUCUGUUAAGAAAGUGGAAGAAUACUUUUCUGGUAUGGGAAUAGAUGUCCCAGAUCGUGUUACUCCUCCUGACCACUUUAUCGAUAUUUUGGAGGGGAUAACUAAACCAGGACCAGGUUUGACUGCUCAACAGCUUCCAGUAAGAUGGAUGCUUCACAAUGGUUAUGCAGUUCCUCCAGAUAUGAUGGAUAUGUGCGACGAAAUUGCAAAAUCUUCAGCGGGUAAAGGUCAGAAUACUGCAACUGCUGCUACUACUACCGGAGGACAACAAGCUGGGGGGGAUACGUGGCAAGAUGUGUCUUUAACAGCUGAUUCUCAUAAUGAAAAUGUCGAUUUCGAACCUUUGAAAGCCCAUGAUUUGUCUGGACGGCGUACACCUGGUGUUCUUAGACAAUUUCGAUAUUUCCUUGGCAGGGUUGGAAAACAGAGAUUGAGAGAAGCUGAUAUGCAAGCAGCUGAUUAUCUGAUUUUACUAAUUGCUGGAGCAGCACUUGGAACUCUUGCACAAGUUAGCGAUGCGUCGUUUGGGGCUCUUGGAUAUACUUAUACCGUAAUAGCUAUUUCUCUUCUUUGCAAGAUUGCAUCUUUAAGGUCAUUUACACUGGACAGGUUAAAUUACUGGAGGGAGAGUGCUUCAGGAAUGAGCAGUCUAGCUUAUUUCCUUUCAAAGGACACAAUAGACCAUUUCAACACAAUUGUGAAGCCAUUGGUUUAUCUUUCGAUGUACUAUUUCUUCAACAACACCAGAUCGUCGUUCCUAGAUAACUACAUUGUGUUGGUCUGCCUUGUGUAUUGUGUGACUGGAAUGGCUUACAUGUUUGCAAUACUUCUCGAACCUAGUCCAGCUCAAUUGUGGUGUGUACUACUUCCAGUGGUGUUGACUCUGAUUGCAAACCAAGAUAAAGACGACCAAGUCUCAAGACUUGUGGGACGAUAUUGCUAUCCAAAAUGGGCUAUGGAAGCCUUUAUGCUUGCUAAUGUUGAAAGGUACUCGGGGGUAUGGGUGAUAACACGAUGUGGGGCGUUGUUGAAGAAUGGGUAUGAUCUUAACAACUGGGGAAACUGUCUGAUGUGCCUCAUUCUCACAGGCAUCCUUUGUAGAUUUAUAGCUUACGUUAGUUUGAUUGCUUUCCAAAAGAAGGGAUGAAUAAUUCAUCAAGUCCUACACUUUUUUUUUUCGGUUUUGUAU